AUGGUGAAGUGGCAACUGCCCCUGUUGGAGUGGGUGAAAAUUAAUACGGAUGGUAAUUCGAAUCAAAGAAGUGCUAGUUUAAGGGGAGUUGUGCAUAACCACAGUGGUCGUUUCCUGCUCUUUUUCUCUUCUCCAUGCAUUGAAGACUCGGCUGGGGAGUUUGAAGCUCACGCAAACGCAAUUUUAAUGGUGGUCACUAUUGCAGUCUCUUUGAAUUGGUCUAAUAUUUUGAUCAAAACUGACUCUAAGAUUCUAUUUGAGAUGUUCAAUCAAGGGAAGCUUGUCACUUUGGAUGAUUGUUACCACAUUAACCGUAUUAUAAGAUUAUCCUCUAUAGUUCCUAUUCUUUGGAGAUUUAUUCAUCACGAAGGUAAUAAGUCGGCUAAUUGGGUUUCAAAAUGUGGUGCGUCCACCUCUACGAUCUUAGUCGAUACGGUGCUUCUUUCUCCUUUACAG